CCCAGAGGUCCCCAUAAACAGGACACCGGACUCCCUGGUCCAGAGGGACCUUUCCAACAAAGAGGGCCGGGUCAGUUCUGCAGUCCUGGAACGGGAACAUGUGGCUCCCCUCGAGGGAGGAGGACUUCUCCUAUGGCCAGUCCAGCCGCGUGUCCCCAAGCCCCACCACCUACUGCAUGUUCCGGGACAAAAGCCACUCUCCCUGGCAGAACUCGCAGCAGUCCUCCGACAGCAGUAAGCCAUCCCCUGCCCCCACGCCACAGUGCCAUAAGCGGCACUGGCACUGCCCGGUUGUCAUGUCCGAGGCCACCAUUGUGGGUGUCCGCAAGGCCGGGCAGAUCUGGCCCAACGAUGGGAGGGCACCUUCCAUAGAGAAGCAAGUGAGUUCCUCGAACCUCACAGCCCUGCCUUUAACCAGCCUCAAGGCUGGGCACUCUAGGGACCACCCAUCAGGGCCCAACUCACAGAAGGGCCAGGACUAAGCAGGUCACCCAGCGAUGCAGGGAGGGCCGGGCUGGGUCACCAAUGCCAGCACCCCUGUUUCAGCAGGCCUCCCACAUGGUAGACCUGCUGUGGGUGACUGCCACACAGGGUUGUCACAGCAGGACCACAUGAUGAAUGAUAAAUAGGAAUUUCUCCCUCAGGUCACUCAAUACCCACACCUGCCUUCCUGUGUGCUGAGCCAUACAUUUGUUCCCUGGCCUCUCCUGAGCUCCAGAGGUCAGUGUAGUUUUUCCACCCUGGACAUGACUCAGAACUUCCCUAAUUAGCCUCCCUCUAAGGGGCCGCCAGCCCAGAGCAGGAGUGAAACAAAAUCUUUGAUGGUUCUCUAGGGACAGAGAGAUCCGAGACACAGCAGAGAGUGCUCUGCAGGGAAUCUGACGGGCACAACAUGAAAAUACCCAAACCAACCUUCUGGGUUAGGGGAAAAGGAAACAGGAUUUGGGAAAUGAAUUACUGGGCUUGAGUCCUGACCGCCUCUCUCUGCCUCAGUUUGAAGUGAGAAGAACAUCCACCUCCAAGGGCUGUUGUCCCUGUGUAGAUGUGAGGGAUUAUCAUUCCCUCUUCCAAGCGCCAGUGUCAUCCGGAGCAGAUGCUUUGACUUCCAAUCUAAAGUACAAAGCCCAGGCUAGUAGCUAGGCUAGCCCUGCAUAGGUUCAGGUCUCCCCGCCGACUGUGUGACCUCAGCAAUGUCCGUCCCCUCUCCGAGUCUCAGUUUUGUCAUCUGCUCUUCAUUUGCCAAAUCCUGCCUCCUUUUCCCCUAACCCGGCAGGCUGGUUUGGGUAUUUUCAUUUUGUGCUCAUCAGACUCCCUGCACUCUGCCCUGUCUCAGAUCUGUGGGCUUCCCUAGGAAACCAAAACCGAUUUUGUUUCACUCCCUGCUCUGGGCUAUCCCGUCUUCCCCCUAGCCCUGUGGGCCACGGUACAAAAUGUUGAGAACAUCGUGCGUGAAAUGCCCAGAUGUGGCAAACAUAAAACACACCGUGAUAAAUGAUGUGUAGGGAUCAUUUCGUGAUUGCCUUUUAAUAUUGGUGUCCUGGAGAACAUUCGUGCUGCUGGGAAAACCCCUGAGACCCAGUUUCUAGUUAGGGUGGGCAGUGCGCAGCUCACUGCUGCCCUCUGCAGGCUCUGAUAACCUCCUGCCAUUCUGGUCCCUUGGACCCAGCUGAUCUCAACCCCUUCUUGUCAGGCUUCAAAUAGCCCAUUUUGCAGGUGAAGAAACUGAGAUGCAAGUGAUGCCGUGGCUUUGGGGUAAUGGGUAAUAAAAGGGCUGGAAUCCCAGCAGUACCACACUGAGCAGUGCUCUCAUCCUCAGUGGCCUCUUUUUUUUUAUUUUUAGACGAAGUUUCACUCUUUUUGCCCAGGCCGGAGUGCAGUGGUGUGAUCUUGGCUCACUGCAACCUCUGCCUCCCAGGUUCAAGCGAUUCUCCUGCCUCAGCCUCCUGAGUAGCUGGGAUGAUAGGCAUGUACCACCACACUUGGCUAAUUUUGUAUUUUUAAUAGAGACAGAGUUUCUCCAUGUUGGUCAGGCUGGUCUUGAACGCCUGACCUCAGGAGAUCAGCCCACCUUUGCCUCCCAAAGUGCAGAAAUUACAGGUGUGAGCCACCACACUCAGCUGUGGCCUAUUCUUUAAAGUGGCUAUGAUAAAGGCCAGGCACAGUGGCCCACACCUAUAAUCCUGGUGCUUUGGGAGGUUGAGUCAGGAGGAUCACUUGACCCCAGAGGUUCAAGACCAGCCUGGGCAACAUAGCAAGACUCCAUCUCUACAAAAAAUUUAAA